GUGGCGGCAACCGUGAAACACUUCUCCGCCGUCGCUUCCAAAUCAAAACAUGACCAACUGUAGUUGUUAUCAGUAGCCAAUUGCCUCCAUGUAAAAAUAGGGAUCUUAUAUUGAAAAAAGAUGUCAGUGGUUACGGUUCAGUUGGGUCAGUGCGGCAAUCAAGUAGGUCUGGAGUUGUUUGAUACCCUUUACAAUGACGUUCAAGCAUGCCAGAAGAAAGCAUACGCUGCUGCCAGCUUUGAACGCUUUUUCUACCAAACCGAGGAUGCAGAUCUUAUUGCCAGGGCAGUGCUGAUUGAUAUGGAGCCAAAGGUCAUCAAUCAGAAUUUCAGCAAGACUGCCAAAUCUGGCAAGUGGAAGUAUAACGAUGCAUCAAGCUUCAACCAGUGGCAGGGGAGUGGGAACAACUGGGCCAACGGGUUUUACAUCCAGGGCCCGCGUCACAGAGAAGCGAUGGAAGAUAUCUUGCGACGUGAGGCGGAGCGCUGUGAUGGACUGCGUGGUUUCUUGGCCCUGAUGAGUGUGGCGGGUGGGACGGGUUCUGGAGUAGGCACCUACGUCACUCAAUGUCUGCGGGACGUCUACCCCAAAUCCUUCAUUGUCAACCACCUAACCUGGCCGUACGGCACAGGCGAGGUGAUUGUCCAGAACUACAACUCGGUAUUGACACUGGGUCGCCUCUACCAGCUGUCGGAUGGCCUCCUGGUGCACGAGAAUGACACGGUGCACAGGAUUUGCAGUCAGCUGCUCCAUAUUAAAGACAUCUCCAUUGCUGAUAUCAACAUGGUGAUCGCUCAUCAGCUGGGCACCAUCCUUCAGCCUGCGCUCACUGCUGACUCCAACGGAGUCUACAGCAGGAAUCCUCUUGGUGAACUUGUGAGCGCCCUCGCGUGCCACCCAGAGUACAAGCUGCUCAGUGUGAGCACCAUACCACAGAUGCCGAGUUCCUCCAUCGCAUUCACCAAUUUCAGAUGGCCAGCUCUGAUCAAACACCUGCGCCAGAUGCUCAUCUCCAACACCAAGAUGGAGGAAGGUAUAGACUGGCAGUUACGUCCAUUGGCUGUCUCAGAGCGGACCAGGACUCUGACUGGAUCCAGUGUCAACACUUCCUUGGCCAAUCUGCUCAUACUGAGAGGCAAAGACGUGUUCAGUGCAGAGACAGGUUGGACAGAUCAGUUCAACAUGUACACGUUUCACACCUCUGUUCAAAGUACUAACGUGAACCUAAACCCCACGAUACUAGGUAACUUUGCCGAUGCAGCCCUUUACAGCUCGUGGCUGUCGCCGAAAGACGCUUUCAACGUUUGGAAAUGUCCAGUGUCGUUUAAUAAGUACGAAAAAACGGCUACGUUGGUCAGCAACAGUCAAGCUCUGAUCGAACCAUUGGACAACAUAGUGAGAAAAGCUUGGAGUAUGUUUGCUGCAAGGGCCUACAUCCAUCAGUACACAAAGUUUGGAAUCUCAGAAGAAGAUUUCCUUGAAAGCUUUGCUUUUGUAGAGCAAAUCCUUUCCAGCUACAGUCAACUUGGCUGUAAUGGAUAAAACAGAAUGGCCGCUGUGUUUUUACCCCAAGGACUCCAAAAACACAUGAACAAUACAUGCAUGCUGUAAAUACUGUACGUAGGUUUUUUUAUCUACAGGUCUAAUGAAUAAUUUCGUUGCUCGAAGCACGCGAAAUACAACAGAAUGCAAUUUCAAAGGAACACUCGCAUAAUGUCAAUCGAUUUAUUGUGUAGUAAUUCAAACAUCUUUAGCAUGGGUUAUAUUAAAGACAGUCCAUUACUCCAAGUUCAGUACAUGCUACAUAAUAAUUGAAAGGCAGUUGAUGAUGACCCACAACUUCAGUCAGCUUACAGACCACUGUUGCCACGUGAGACUUAACAGCCAACACCAGUCUGAUAAGCUAGCUGAGAAGGUGGACACUUGAUGGUCACUGGCAGGCUGAAACAAGAAUUAUGAAGAAUAGGAGGCCAACAUUGAACCACUGAUACCAACCGUAACUUGGACGCAGCCAUCUGUGGAAAGCGGUGCCAAUUUGUUCACUUACCUCCAAGAUGAUCAUUUCUUCAAGAGACAUAUACAUUUCUAACAAUAAACAAAGCAAUGAAUCACGCAGUGUCAUUAUUGAGUUUAUAUAUGAUCCAAUCCAAUGUCUAAUUUUACAUAACAGAAUUAGAAAUGGUUCUAGUUGCCUUAAAGUACAGUGUCACUGCAAACUGUCAUUUGUUGGAUUCAAGGUGUCUCCUGCCCAUAUAGUAUUAGAAUCCAAAUACAUAAUGUCCAUGAUUAAGUUAUCUACACAAUGUGCAAACCAACAACACAAUUUACAUUGAUAUUGCUUUUUCCUUCUUUUUUUUUUUGUUGGAGAACUGACAAUUCC